AUGCUUUUGCUUUCAACCUGGAGUGCUGGGAGACAGGCCAUUGCAAACUCUUCGACUUCAGCGUGGGUAGAAAGGCCGGACUUCGCUAUUGAUGAGAUAAGAGAGGUGGUUUUCAAACGCCUUGAUAUCCUGCGUGCAGACUAUGAUGAUACGAAGGUGAAGCAGCUCGAGAUUACGGGAAAGAGGACUUAA